AUGGAUAAGACUAAGGAAUAGAUUUAAGAAUACUUCAAUAUUUUUGAUAAAGAUGGAAGUGGCUCAAUAGAUAAAGAGGAAAUAAAGGAAUUAGCAGUCAAUGUAGGACUUAAUUGGAAUGACUAGAAAUUGAAUAAAGUUAGAAUUUAUAAUAUUAUAGAUCAUAUAAGCCCUUGAUACAAAUGGAGAUGGCAAGAUUUCAUUUGAUGAGUUUUAUGAAUAUUUCUUAUAUGGUGAAUAGAAACAAAUGGAUAAAUUGAUAUAGAAGAAAUUUAAACAUAUUAAAAAUGUUAAGAAUCUUCAUAAAAAGUUGAAUUAAGAAUAUGGUAUCCUUUUUUAAUUUAUUUUAAUAGCACACAUCUUUAAUAAGAAUAAUGAAGAAGGAAAAUCAUAAUGUUCCAUAUCAUUGAAUGUUGGAGAGAAAUCUUAAGCUAAAUCAGCAUUAGAAUUUACAGUUAGAGUUGGAGAAGACAAUAAGAAUUUUUCAUAAUCUUUAUUGAAAAACUUCCCAUAUGCAGGUGAUCAAGUAAAUUUAAUAUCUAAUAAAGAUUGUUUCAAUAGUUUUUGGAUUUAAAUGUUAAAAUUCUGAUGCAGUCUAAGAGAAAUUUGAAGCAUUUUUUGAAGGGAUAAUUGAUUUAGCUUUAAAUAUGAUACCAGACGAUAUCUCAUAGAAAAUAGCAGUAUUCAAAAAUGAUUUAAAAAUUGAAUAUAAAGCUUUACCAGAUGAAUUAUUAGUUCGAUUUUAUAUGAAUAAUGAAUUAACAGAGAAUGUUCUUGUUGCAUAUAGAUUGAUUUCAGGAAUGUUUAUAUAAGAAAAUAGUUCAAUAUUUGCAAAUUUGAAACUAUGUAAAUCAUAUAUUAUAUUUUUAAUUAGAAUUUUCUGCUGGAUUAGCAGAUAUUGGUGCUUCACCAAAUGAGAAUAUUAUAAAUUGGGUAGCCAAAGGAUUUUCAGCAAGUUUUGAUGCAACAGCUUCAAGUGAUCUUGUAAAUAAUAAUUAUUUAUUUAUUAUAGAUUGAAUGUGCUAGAUAAGGACAUUAUGCUGCAAUUGGAAAAUAUUUUGAAUCAUACAAAGUUAAAGUCUUAGAAUAAUUAACACCAUUAACAUUAAUGAAUAAUGCAAGAUUACAAUUCAAUUUCUAAUCAUAUGAAUAAUUUAUAUAGGAAAUGUAAUUACCAGAAUUAAAUGAAGUCAAUUUAUCAGUUGCUGUAGAUUAAGCAAAAGGAGCUAAUGUUAAUGAAUUAAUUGGUGGAAUACCAUUUGUUGGUGAAUUAUUGGAUAUAUUAAGAGUAGAAGGAAAUGGUAAUUAUAUAAUUCUAAAUUCUAGGAUAAAUUUAAUUGGCUGUGAUUUCAUAAGAAGCUUCAGUGACUAUAACAGCAUCAGGUGAAGGUGCAGCCUUAAUUUGGGAGAAGCUUAUUUGAU